AUGUCGAAGAAAGAACUAAAGUACCUUACGGGAACUAUCCAAUUCCUGUCCAUUGAGCGACUACAAGAGAACCAGAGCGACCACAAAUCAUGGCAUGAUUUGGAGUCCGUCUUUUGGACCGUUCUCUGGGCAGUUCUUCGACACACCAACUCUUGGGUGACCAUUACGGAGUACGGUACCCCGCGGCCUGGCAAGGACUGUGUCACCGAGAUAUUUGACACUCCGAAGGGAGGCGGCAAAAUGAUAUUCCUCACUCUCGGAAAGGUCGAAGUUGAGGGUAAUGUCCCGCUCACGAAUUGCCUCGCCAAGCUUCGAUUUCUGGUAUACACCAAGUACGUCCGGGAUCCGGAGAUCAAGGCUUUACUGCGUCAGGAAGCCGAGGACGAGUUAAAGGACAGGAUUUCACAUGAAUCGUUUUUGAAGGUCAUCGAGGAUGCCCUUGAGGAUCGGAGCAAGUGGCCGCGCAACGACGGUGCCAAAGAGUUCAAGCCCGCUGGUAGACCCCGGACAGAGGAAAACACAGAGACAGGUAUUACCCUGUCGCAAAGGAUCUCCUGGUAUACGUCGAGCCGUGAUAGGACCCACCCCGGUUCGAACGAUCCUGGCAGAUUCGCGGGAAUGGCAGGAUCAGGUUCCGGAACAGAAUCAGGCGCGCCGUUGCGCUAUGACACUCAUACAUCGCGACACAAGGAGUCAAGUUCCCGCAUCUCUCGUCCGACCACACUUCAGGCCGUGGAAGAACGUGCUCCUGGAGAGCCUCUGGUUCAAUCUGAGCCCAUUACUGAGAAGUCAGGCGUUGCCCUUCCUGGUUCAGGCGGGGAAGCCAGCGAACAGAGUGGUUUCGAGUCGAAGGCGACGUUAGCUCCCAAAUCAAGCGCUGUCGCAACUGCCACUGCAUCUGAAUCUAUCGAUCCUGACCCUGCCUCAAAGCAGACGGUAAACAAAGGUCCACUUAGUCCGUCACCUCAAGAACGUAAACCCUCCAAACAAUCCAUGCCUCCAGCUACCAAGGCCCAACGGCCGUCGCGUUCUCCUCUACCUAAGGCGGACGCUAGCACCGAACUUGGCCAUACGCGACGUACAGAAGGGGAAAGUCCUGGGCGCCGCGGCCAAGAACGGGCGAGGGUACCCAAGAAAAAUGCAUCCUCUUCGAAAGCGUCGCAUGUUCCAGAGUUACCUGCAAAUACAGUGAAAGCAAAGGCAGGGAGCGUUUGGACACGACGUGAAAAAAGGGGGGACGGAGAAGUUGGCACCGCUACAUCUAGCAGACAACUUCGUUCGAAGGAAGCUCUCCGUAGCGGUGAGUCAAUGCGUAACACCGGGAAAUCAUCUGGUUCCGCAAGGCCCAGUUGGAAGUAG